AUGGGGAUUUUAAUUAAACCUGGUUUUACUGAUUCUGGUUUAACUGAACCUGGUUUCAACGAAUCUGGUUUAACUGAACCCAGUUUAAUUGAACCUGGUUUAAUCGAACCCAGUUUCACUGAAUCUGGUUUAACUGAUCCCCAUUAA